UGUCAACCUGUCGGAAGGUUACCUUCUUGCCAAAGCAUUUAGAAGUGUGACUAGUUUCGGCUCCGCAAUCCAGUGAGUCCUUACUUUAAUAGCUUUCAUGGAUGAGGUUGUUGGUAUGUCUGUUGGCUCUUGGUUCCCAGUACUCAGUAGCCGAGGCUGGUUGGUAAAGCAAGUCCAAUUUCACUUGAAGGUACCAGGGCAUCUAGUAUCUGCUUCUAUCAAAGCAGCGUGCUGUCUAUACUGGUUACCCCAGCAAGUGUAGGGUGUGCAUAUGUAACUGUCUUGGCUGAUUUACAUGGCUUCGCCAGUUGUGUGGACUAGACAGUUAUCUGGCGCAAAUCUUGAUCUGUCUCAUUCAGAUCUUGUUCGCUAUCGUUGCUAUAAGAGAAAAUCUGGGGGUGCUCAUCCAGUGCAUUUGCAGAUUUGCGUGCUUCUCUUGCGACGGGCGUAUACAUGGUACAUGGUACUGUGUAACACUGUACAGCCGGUCUUCUGGUUCAUUGUCAUUCAUAUUUGAAUUCUCUUUCAGCAAAUUCAUCGACGGUCAGAAGAGGCAUAUUCAUGUUUUUGUGUUUUUUGUUUUGUAUAUCUUUGUGUUUAGAACGAUGCCGUUUGACUUCUGGGAUAAUGUUGUUCUGCCAGCAUGGCAUGACAUAGCUCAAUGCCAGAUUACACAUGAAGCACUCAAGAAGGUCGUCAUGGCAAUUGAUGAACAUCAUCCACGUAUCAGCAGAGAUCCCAUACUGAAGAGACAUGUGUUGGCUUGGAAGAAGGGGUAUUCCAACAAAGGGAGUUCAGCAGAGGAUAGGCCAGUCUGCUAUGUUGGCUGGUUGAUUACCUACAAGAGAGGACCAUCAGGUGUCCAGGACUUCAUUCAAGCCAUCCAGUCUUCAUCUUUCCCGUCCAAUGGUGUUGUUGGUGGAGUGCUGGAGAGAAUUUGGAAAGCUCGUAAGAAUGAUCAUCCUGAUGAAGAUGUCAAGGAUCCAUAUUUCUUCAACACGGUUGUCAAGAGCAACCUACCACAGAUCAUCGCCAACCUAGCGACUGUACCAGAUAUAGUGCUCACUGAAGUAUUUGGAGAAGCCGACCUGGCUGAAGAGUUUAUCAGCACUUAUCGAACGGCAUGUGAGGCGGCCGGUCAUGUACGUGAUCUUCCACUUUGCUGUCAAUCAUCAAUUGGGGCGUCUUUACUGUACCCAACGUCCGGCUUUGUGUUCCUCUUUUAUGACUCACGCCACCCUGAUCUCACUCAACGACUGGAUAAAGAUUUCCUGAUCAAGAUCGACCGUGAGGCAGGAUGUGAUCGGAGUAGUCUUGUCCAACUUUUGACUUUGGCUAUUGAUUCACAGAGAGAGGCAGGUACCGCAAUGUCAAUGAUGAAUGAUGAAGGUGUGAUUGCAGUGAGAGAAGGACCAGGAGAUGCAGUUGAAGGUCAGUACUGUCCUUGUAGUGGUCCUCCAUUAAUGCACGGCCCUAUUUUAGGGGAAUGCAUACUCAAAGUUUGUCAGCCCGAGCCUUACGCUCGCAUUCCAGCGCAAGCUUUACAGCGUCCUGUACAUUAGGACUGCCUUUCUCAGCGCGGCGAAAACUGAGCGUCCAUAGAGUUAACGAGGAAAUUCUCAGCCUGACAAUAAAUCCCACUGAAAAUUUGAGCGCUGUGGAAAUCAGUGCCCACAAAGUCAGAACAAAAUACACCAGUGGUAGAGAAAGGCGCGCGGUUAAAGGGGAAGUUAAGCCUAAAAUCAAAAUUUCACCAGUUGUAGUCUUCAGGG